CCAAGCAUUCAAUCAGAACCCAGGGGCUCUGUGUUCUAGGUCCAACUGCAGCCAGAGGCAUCAUGCAGGCCACCCUUGCUAUAAUGGUCUGGAUGGCUUCUUCCGUUUCUAGUUCUUCAUAUACCGCAAAUACUUUGCCAGAUAUAACCAAUGAGGAUUUCAUCCAACAAUGUGUUCAGAUCCACAACCAGCACCGGUCCAAAGUGAAUCCGACAGCCAGGAACAUGCUGUACAUGUCUUGGGACCCAGACCUAGCCCGCAUUGCAAAAUCGUGGGCAAAAGUUUGUCGGUUUGAACACAAUCCACGGCUGAAAUCACGGCUGCACCCGAACUUUACCACAGUGGGAGAAAAUAUCUCGAUUCGAUCUUUAAGCAUCUUUUCAGUAUCUUCAGCCAUCUCAUCCUGGUACGAUGAAGUCAAGUACUACAACUUCAGCACUAGGAGAUGCACAGGUGUCUGUGGUCAUUACACUCAGGUUGUUUGGGCAGAUAGUCACAAGGUUGGCUGUGCAGUGCAGUUUUGCCCUACAGUUGGUAACAUUGAAAAUGGAGCACUUUUUAUAUGCAACUAUGGACCAGCAGGAAAUUACCCAACGUGGCCAUACAAGCAAGGAACCACUUGCAGUGAUUGCCCAAAAGAUGACAGGUGUCUCAACAAUCUCUGCAUUAACCCACGAAGAGACCGUGUCUCACGUUACUACUCUGGCGACUACCCAGGAAGGCCCAUGUAUCUACGGGACAGAUACACAUCUCUCUUCCUCAUUGUUAAGGCAGUCCUUCUCUUACUGUCUGUUAUAAUUACCAUUUUGGUAAAGCACAAAUACCCUAAUUUAGUUCUUUUGGACUACUAAUGC